CCCCGCCGUCCACUUGGUGCGGUCCAUGGCGAGCACAUCAUGGCGAUUGAAGGUGGAGAGAGAACCUGUGGAGUGCAUGAACUUAUCUGUAUUAGAAAAGUAUCUCCAGAAGCAGUUGGAUUUUUGUCAGCUGUUGGGGUGUUUAUUAUCUUGAUGCUGCUCCUUUUUCUCUAUAUUAAUAAGAAGUUCUGUUUUGAAAAUGUUGGAGGGUUUCCAGAUCUUGGUUCAGGAUAUGAUACAAGGAGGAAUUCACAAGAUAAAAUGUAUAAUUCCUAUAUGGAUAAAGAUGAGUGUGGUUCAUCCUCUGAAAGUGAAGAUGAAGCACUGGGUAAAUAUCAAGAGGCCUUAUCCAGAACACACAAUUCUAGACUACCACUGGUUGAUUCUAGACAGACAAACUAUGGCUGGGAAACAAGGCAAAAAUACAGUCCUUUAUCGGCAGAGUAUGAUGGAUACAGCAGUGAAGCAUCAAUAGAUGAAGGAAACUGCAUCCAGAGGAUGAGAAGAACGCCCCCACUGGAUGAACUGCAGCCACCACCCUAUCAGGAUGACAGUGGUUCUCCCCAUCUCUCAUGUACACCCUCAGAAAUUGGGGACAGUAAAUGUGAAUUUUCCCACUGCAACAACAGUCCAAGAUGCUCAUGCAACAAGUGCCCAAGUGAAGGGAGCACAGGUCAUGAAAUAGAAAGCUAUCAUAAUAAAGGAUACGAAGAAGAUGUUCCAAGUGACAGCACUGCAGUCCUGAGCCCAGAAGACAUGUCAGCUCAAGGAUCCUCUUCACAGCUUCCUAAACCUUUUGAUCCUGAGCCAGAAGCUAAAUAUGGCACCCUGGAUGUGACUUUUGACUAUGACUCACAAGAACAGAAGCUUCUGGUAACAGUGACAGCUGUCACAGACAUCCCAACAUAUAACAGGACAGGUGGCAACUCAUGGCAAGUACACCUUGUUCUUCUACCUAUAAAGAAACAGAGAGCAAAAACCAGCAUCCAGAGAGGACCUUGCCCUGUCUUCACAGAAACAUUCAAAUUCAAUCAUGUUGAAUCUGAGAUGAUUGGAAAUUAUGCAGUUCGGUUUAGACUGUAUGGUGUACAUCGCAUGAAAAAGGAAAAGAUUGUGGGGGAAAAGAUUUUUUAUUUAACAAAAUUGAAUCUUCAAGGGAAAAUGUCAUUACCUGUAAUACUGGAACCUUCUUGCAAUCAUUCUGGCUGUGACUCCCAAAUGAGCGUGUCAGAAAUGUCGUGUAGUGAAAGUACCUCCUCAUGUCAUUCUCUGGAACACGGCUCAGUUCCGGAAAUUCUCAUUGGCCUGCUUUAUAAUGCCACAACUGGACGAUUAGCAGCAGAAGUGAUAAAAGGCAGCCACUUCAAAAACUUGGCAGCAAACAGACCACCCAAUGGACUGUUCUGUUGUCUAAAACACUUGAUAGGUGGACAGGUUUAUAUAAUCCGAGAUACAUAUGUUAAGUUAACACUACUGAAUUCCAUGGGUCAAGAGAUGUCCAAAUGCAAGACAUCCAUCCGCAGAGGGCAGCCAAAUCCCGUGUACAAGGAAACUUUCGUUUUUCAAGUGGCUCUAUUUCAACUUUCUGAUGUGACACUGAUACUGUCUGUGUAUAACAAACGCAGCAUGAAAAGAAAGGAGAUGAUAGGCUGGAUUUCUUUAGGUCUGAACAGCUCUGGAGAAGAGGAACUCAAUCACUGGACUGAAAUGAAAGAGUCAAAAGGACAGCAAGUAUGUCGAUGGCAUGCAUUACUAGAGUCGUGAUGGAUAGGAUAAACAGGAAAUUGAUCCAAGGCAGCAUUAUUUCUGAUUACAACCCUGCUGUUUUGACCUGGUCACCAUGAGAA